AUGAUGUCCGGACAGCACUUCAAGGGCCAUGAAGUCAGCUGCUGCAUCAAAUACUUCAUAUUCGGAUUCAACAUCAUCUUCUGGUUGUUGGGAAUGGCGUUUCUAGCAAUUGGACUCUGGGCGUGGAGUGAAAAGGGUGUGUUGUCGAACAUCUCCUCCAUAACGGACCUGGGGGGUCUGGAUCCCGUCUGGCUCUUCAUGGUGGUGGGGGCCGUGAUGUUCAUCCUGGGCUUCGCCGGCUGCAUCGGAGCGCUACGGGAAAACACAUUCCUACUCAAGUUUUUCUCUGUGUUUCUAGGUAUAAUAUUCUUCCUGGAGUUGACGGCUGGCGUGCUGGCGUUCGUGUUUAAGGAUUGGAUUAAAGAUCAGCUCAACUUCUUUAUCGACAAGAACAUCAAGGCCUACAGAGACGACAUCGACCUUCAGAACCUCAUCGACUUCACACAGGAAUACUGGGAGUGUUGCGGUGCGUUUGAGGCGGACGACUGGAAUCUGAAUAUUUAUUUCAACUGUACGGACACCAAUCCCAGUAGAGAGAAGUGCGGAGUCCCCUUCUCAUGCUGCACAAAGGACCCUGCGGAGGACGUGAUAAACACACAGUGUGGAUACGACGUACGCGCCAAGACGGACUUGGAGCAGAAGGCCUAUAUCCACGUGAAGGGCUGCGUUCCUCAGUUUGAGAGAUGGCUACAAGACAACCUGACUGUGGUGGCCGGAAUAUUCAUUGGCAUCGCACUGUUACAGAUAUUUGGCAUCUGUUUGGCCCAAAAUCUUGUCAGUGACAUCGAGGCAGUCCGAGCCAGCUGGGUGCCCCCUCCUCUCUCCAUCUCGGUCGCCGCCCACCGGCCCCCCCAUCACCAUCACCGCGGCAACAAGAAACGCUCCGCCUACUCAUGAGACAGACCCCGCCCCCCUCACACACACUCAAGCGCCUGUGUGUGUUCAUCUGUCUGUUCACCUGAUGGGAGUUGAGCCGCUUCACUCCUGAGGACACAGGUGGUGGAGCCAUGAUGAGGGGUGAGCAUCAGUGCCAACCAAAGGAUCCGGCUCCCACCCGGCUCCCAUCCGGCUGCCAUCCGGCUCCCACCCGGCUCACAUCCGGCUCACAUCCGGCUCCCACCCGGCUCCUCAAGCUGAACUGAAGUUCACUGUACAUAGUCUUGUAUAGAAGGAAAUACUGCGCACGCGUGUCUGUGUGUGUG